AUGCAGGAAAAAAGAGAUAUGAAAAGCGAGAGUGCUAUUGAAUCAAUGCCAGCAGGGAAUGGUAAUGAUUUUCCUGAGAAUGUUCCAUUGCAGCAGAAACAACAACUGGAGAGAUAUAUCAACUUCUUCUCAUCGAUUGCAUUUUCCACCUGCCUACUUGCUACGUGGGAAUCCGCUGGGGGUAGCUUGCUCUCGGGGCUAUACAACGGAGGCCCCGCAGCAAUUGUUUAUGGGAUCAUCUUGAGCACAGUGGGAAAUCUUGCUAUUGCAUGCUCGUUGGCCGAGCUUGCCUCCUUACACCCUACUGCGGGUGCUCAAUAUCAGUGGUGCUAUUUCCUCGCGCCUCGCGGUCGUCGGUUUAUCAGUUUCAUACAGGGUAAGCGCAUAUCAUUUUAUUCUUCUUCACUCACAUGCAUAUUCUUACUGAAAAUACCAGGUUGGGUCACUGUCUUCUCCUGGUCUGCUCUUGUCUGCAUCGCGCCUUACUUCAUCGGGACUCAAAUCCAGGGCAUGGUUGUAUUGGCGCACCCUGACUAUGAGCUUGUGAGAUGGCGUGGCACCCUUCUCAUGUGGGCAGUUGCAAUCAUACCGAUCAUUAUCAACGUAUUCGCACGCCGCGUUCUGGUAGGCAUCGAAGUGGCUGCGGGUAUCAUGCAUGUCGUCUUCCUACCAAUCACCAUUAUCGUCUUUGUUGCCCUUGCUCCUCCAAACCCUGACUCAUUUGUAUGGAACACUUUUGUUGGCGGCCUGAGUGGCUGGAAAAAUUCAGGUGUCGUAUUCUCGAUUGGCCUUCUAGGUGUUAUUACUCCCUUGGCUGGCGUCGACGGUAUAAUCCAUAUGGCCGAAGAAGUCAAAGAUGCCAAAGUUGUCGUUCCCCGUUCUAUGAUCUAUGGCACCCUCAUCAAUGGAGUCCUCGCAUUCAGCUACCUAAUUGCCACUCUCUACUGCAUGGGAGACUAUACUGAAGCAGUCACCAGCCCAACAGGCUACCCCAUAAUUACAAUUGCCUACCAAGCAACUGGAUCGAAGGCCGCUACCUUCGUCCUCAUGACAAUGGGCAUGCUACCUGGCUGGAUUGCCCUAUUCAACGGCCUCGCUUCUGUCACGCGUCUCACUUGGGCUUUCGCUCGAGACAACGGCCUCCCCUUCUCCGAGUUCUUCGCUGUCGUCGACCCGACCUACAAAAUCCCUAUCCGGGCUUUAUUCCUAGUCGCAUCGUGCAUCUUCGCACUCUCGUUCAUUCAGAUCGGGUCUACGGCUGCAUUCAAUGCCAUUUUAUCUCUUAGCACGCUCGGUCUCUACAUCUCCUAUCUUGUCCCUCUCACUCUGCUUGUGUUGAAGCGAUUAACGUCGCCGCAGGAUAUUCCACAGGGAGCAUUUAGUUUAGGGAAACUUGGUCUCCCCAUGAACCUUCUUGCCAUUCUCUUCGCCACUUACUUUUCUAUAUUCCUUCCAUUCCCCGCUACGUUGCCGGUGACUGGGGAAAAUAUGAACUAUGCCGGGCCUGUGCUUGGGUUUGUUAUACUAUUUGCCUGUGGGGAUUGGAUUGUUCGCGGCCGGCAUAAGUGGGAAGGCCCAGGCACGAAGUCUGAUGCUGAUAGUCAGUGA